AUGGACAUCCGCCAAGCAACCAUUGACGACCUGCUCGAUCUGUACCACGCUCUUACAUGGCCCGAACUGUCUUAUGUGGCUGUGGACCCCAAGGGGAGGAUCGUCGGCUAUAUCUUGGCCAAGAUGGAGGAAGAGCCCAGCGAGGAGCCUAGCGGACACGUCACAUCAAUCUCCGUCCUCAGGCCCUACCGAAGAUUAGGUCUCGCCAACAAGCUCAUGAAGCAGUCUCAGGAGGCGAUGGUAGCCCACUACAACGCCCACCACAUCACACUACACGUCCGAAAAUCCAACCGAGCCGCCAUCUCUCUGUAUCGUGACAGUCUUGGGUUUGAGGUGCAAGGGAUGGAGAAGGGGUACUAUGCCGAUGGCGAGGAUGCGUACGGCAUGAGGUGUCUGUUCAAGAAGGAGGAGGAUACCAGCGUUGCUGUGUAG